CCCGUUUGGAAUUUGAAAUCAAGCCCCCCUCUCUCCAAAGAGACGUUAUAGUUUGUUUUUUUUAACCUUUUGUUGCAAAUUAUUUUUAUAAUUCCAAAAAAAUAAAAAUAUAUGAAAUUUCAUAUAUUUGUCUUUCAUUUAUUGCUUCAACUUGUAUGCUUCUUUCUCACUACACAGUGAGAAUCUCUCUCCUCUCCUCUCUCUAAUUGUUUGAAUGAAGAAAAGGGUAUCAAGAAUUUUCCAUUUUGAUAAGUGGGUUCAGAUCGUCUGUGAAUUUUAAUUGUUGGGUCAUCUUUGUCUUUGAAGCUUACUCUCACAAAGUUUCGGCAUAUUUAUGGGUGAUAGAGACGAGUUAGCUGGCAUUGCUUCCUGAUUUCACACAAUUGUUACAGAAUGUGUUUCUAAUUGCCUCCACUGCAAUAGAUAAAUGUUAAAGUAGCCUUGUUUCUUCUUCAAUAAAGAUGGGGUUUGAGAAAGAAGGUUCAAAAAAUGGAGCAGGUUAUGUUGGUGGUUUCUUUCAUCUCUUUGACUGGACAGCAAAAUCACGGAAAAAGUUAUUCUCAAACAAGUAUGAUUUACCAGAGCAAUUUAAGCAGGGAAAGAGGAGUGAUGGGAAUUUGCCAACAACUCGUCUAUCAUUGGUAGAUGACGAUGAAACUGGAGUAGGGACAAGCUUCAAAUGCAGUGGUGAGUACAGUUGUGCUUCAUCAGUUACGGAUGAAGACGGAAGUAGAGCUCCUAGUGUAGUAGCCAGGCUAAUGGGGUUGGACUCUUUGCCCACUUCUAAUUUUCAAGAGCCCUACUCUACUCCAUAUUUUGAUACUCAAUCUCUUCAAGAUGCUCAUUACCACAGAAGAAAUUUUGAAUAUUACCAGGACAAUCAAAUGAUGUUCUCUGGGAACAUGCUUAGAAAGGAUGAUGGUGAAAAUUCCUCGAAUUUAGUUGAGUUCAAGCCCAAGAAGACACCAAGCAGGCCAAUUGAGAAGUUCCAAACUGAAGUUUUACCCCGUAAAUCUGCUAAGUCCAUUCCAGUUACACACCAUAAACUUUUGUCUCCUAUCAAAAGUCCUGGAUUUGUUUCGAGUAAUAAUGUGGCUCACAUAAUGGAAGCUGCAGCAAAAAUUAUUGAGCCUGGACCUCAAGUUACUACCAAAGCCAAAAUGCCUCUUGUAGGGUCUUCUUCCAUACCCUUGAAGGUUCAUGCUCUCAAAGAAAAGGCGGAGGCCACACAAAAAGUCCCUUUGCUCGGUUCUUCGUCGGCAACCAUGAAAGUACAAAACUUAAAACAGAAAGUGGAAGCUGCUCAUAGAACAUCCAGGCUUGCUGAAGUAUCUCAAAGGCCAGCUGAGUCAAAUGCUGCCAAGUAUCUUAAGGGACAAUCAAUGAACAAGAGCUGGAAUGGAUCUGUUGAUACUCCUUUCAAGAUCUCUAAUAAAGAAGAAGGUUCUUCUGGUCUAAAGAAUAAAGGAAAGUCUAUUUCACUUGCUAUACAAGCAAAGGUCAACGUUCAGAAAAGAGAAGGUCUCAACUUAAAUAGCUCUAGAAGUGAAGUGACCCCAAGACAACAGAAUGAGCAUAAGUCGUCAAGUCCAACCUUUCGAAGUCAACAGAAUACUCAAAAGAAUCUGAAUAAGAAAUCUUCUUCACAAAAUUCUUCCAUUCUUAGGCAAAAUAAUCAAAAACAGAACUGCCUAGGUGAUAAAGAUAAUUCACUUUCAAAGCCGCUGGUUUCAAACUCGCAGGGUAGGAAACUUCUGUCCCGAGAUUCGUCUCCUGUCUAUCAGAAAGGAUCAAGUAGAAGUAGUGGGAACUCAAAAUUAGGAUCUAGGAAGUCAAGCUCGCAAGUGGAAGGUGAAAAGGAACUUCCUUAUUCUAAUAAUAGGAAUGUCCCUCGAAAGAAACGGUCAAUAGAUGGGGAUCUUCAUUUCAAUAAAGAUCAGAUUGAUGACAAAAGUUUGAAUGCCAAAAACCAGAAGCCAAUAAAAUCCAGUUGGGCAGAAGACAACCGAAAGAAAGGCAUGGAUGUUGUUUCUUUUACAUUCACUGCCCCACUUACAAGAUCAGUGCCUGGUUCUGAGGAUCAGCUUGGACAUAGAAAAAAUGGUUAUUCUGGGGACCAUCAAGGUAAGAGGAUGCUGCUUGAUUCAGACAAUAUGAAAUUAUCUUCUCUGGGAUACAAUGUCAUAGGAGGUGACGCUUUGAGUAUGCUUUUGGAAGAAAAGUUAAGGGAGCUAACUUUUGGACUAGAGUCUUCUUCGAGCCGUGACUCUGUCAAAGGAGGGUCAGCUUCAAGUUCUGGGCCACAUUUAGAAAAUGUGAUAUCUACACCAAAGAUGAAGGAGCAAAAAGACCAACAGUUAAUGGCUGAUGACAAAUUCAGUGGCCAAUUUGACUUUCAAUUUUCAACCAGUCGUCCACCUAUGUCUAGUUUUAAACCAAAAUUUCAGGGGGAUAGUGAGAUGGAUGAUUAUAGAAGCAAUAACUUAGAACCUGGAGGAAAGUUGCAAAAUGGCCGACAUUCUAGUCCAGUGACUCCAGUCUCUAUCUUGGAAUCUUCAUUUUCUAAUGAAAGUUGCAACUCUUCAAUUACUACAGAUAGUAAUAGUACUGAAGGAAGCAAGUUGUGCUCAUCUGUUCAAGCUCAAGAAGCUAGUAGCUUGAGUUUUUUGAAGAAAUUCCAGCCACUAGAAGCUGAUACAGAGCUGUCAGAUUCAGCCUCUUCUACCUCUACUGGAAGUUUAACAAGAAAGCGCGCAACCACAUUGAUCAUGUCCCAUCUCUCGGAAACAACAGAGUGGGAACUAGAAUAUGUGAAGAAGAUAUUGUGUAACAUAGAGUCAAUGUUUAAUGAGUUUGUGAUGGGCCGUUCGCGUGAUCUUAUUAACCCUCGUCUAUUCAAUGUUUUGGAGAAUAGAAAAGGGCCAUUGGACCGUGAUGUUGGAGGGGGGUCUAAGAUGAGAAGGAAGGUGUUGUUUGAUUGUGUUGGGGAAUGCUUGGACUUGAGAUACAGGCGUUGUUUGGGCGGAGGAUACAGAAUGUGGAUGAAAGGAGUAGCAAUGGUGAGAAGAAAGGAAUGGUUGGCUGAAGAAAUUUACAAGGAAAUCUCAGGUUGGGAAAGCAUGGGAGAUUCAAUGGUGGAUGAACUUGUGGACAAGGACAUGAGCAGCCAGUAUGGAAAGUGGUUGGACUUUGAAGUUGAUGAAUUUGAAUUGGCAGUAGAGGUUGAAGCUCAAAUAUGUGAUUCAUUGAUUGAUGAAAUAGUUGCUGAUAUGUUACAAUUUUAAUGCCUUUGCCCAUUUUGCUAUUCUCAUUUCAACAAGUGUAAGUUCAUAAAUCUCUCUUGCGGAUCUUCUAAGUUUUGGAUUCUUGAUUUGUUAAGUCUGUGAUUAAAUUUGUAUCUUUGUGAUUAAAUUAAUUUGUUUGGUCUCAAAA